GAAGCUUCCUUAGAGAGAAAAUAAACACAAGUGGUUGUCUGAGUUGUAAGAUGUGAAUCAGAAUUGCUUGAUUCCCUCCCUUCCCCUUCACUUUUUUUCUUUUCCUACUUAUCAAUCCUUUUGUCUCUUCCUUGUAAAGAGAAAAUCCUAUCUUUAUAUAAUAAUAAUGCCUAACUUUCUUUCUUUAAAAAUUCCACUACUUCCAUUAUAAUCAUUAUAUAUUUAGAUCAGAAAGCUUAAUACAAAGACAUUUUGUGGAAGAAAUAGGGAGAUCAAGAAGAAGAAGAAGAAGAAGAUGUCUGAUUGGGGGCCAGUUUUUGUUGCUGUGGUGCUGUUUAUACUGCUAACACCAGGGCUUCUGAUUCAGAUACCAGGAAAGAGUCGAUUUGUAGAGUUUGGAAACUUUCAGACCAGUGGAGUGUCCAUACUGGUUCAUUCUGUUCUCUACUUUGCUCUCAUUUGCAUCUUCUUAUUAGCUAUUGGAGUCCAUAUCUUUUCUGGGUUUUCUUCGGCAAUGGCGGACUGGGCACCAGUAGUGAUAGGAGUGGUUCUGUUCGUGCUUCUGCAACCGGGACUUCUGUUUCAGUUUCCGGGACACCACAAGCAGCUAGAGUUCGGGAGCAUGAAGACCAACGGUAAAGCCAUAGCAGUCCACACUCUCAUCUUCUUCGCUCUCUAUUGCAUUUUCAUCUUGGCCCUCCAUGUCCACAUCUACACCGGCUGAUCUCCAUCACCUUUAUUUAUCUUCUUUUUCAUCUGGGUAAUUUGUCUCUCUUUUUUUUUUUUUUUUUUUUUUUUGUUUAUCUAAAAUUAAUCAAAAUCUCUAUCUGGGUCGCUCUGUAAUUUUUUUUUUUCCCUUUCUUUUUGUUUUGGUUGAUAGAUGGGGGGUUGGUGCUUUUUUAAUUUCUUGGUACAAUCUUUGAAAUCAAAUCAAUUAUAAAAGCUUACUACAUCUUUGUUGA